CCGCGGUCACUGCGCGCCUUUGUGUCCGCGGAGAAGCUCCGGGCUCUGCAGCAAACCUCCCCUGACAGCAGGAGGGGAAGCCCCGCUUCAUCGGCCGCCGCGCCCCGGUGAAGCGGCGGAGGAUGGGGGAUCCGGAAGGGACGUUUAUCGACCAGGACGCGGAUCAGGUCUGUGUGUGAAGAGGAAGAAGGGAAACUUGGAGCAACAGAGGGAAUAAAGGGGAAGAGGAGGAGUGAGAGGGGCGUUCACUGUGGCGAGGAGAGAAAGAAGUCUGGAUCUCCAGACGCAUAAUUGUCUCUGACCGGGAUCGAUCUGAUCCGCAGCACAUCCGGAACAAAUGGAGGCCAGUGAGGGCGAGGAGGGGUCCGCCGGGGCUCUUUGUUCACACCUCGGCUCCGGGGCCGCGGAAACGUCGCAGCAGAUCAGCGCAGAAAACUGCUACGAGCUCCUGACAAAAGCCAAGAGCGGCGGAUCGCAGCGCGAGAGGGACCGGGUCUACCGGUACAUGAGCGACAACUACCUGCAGGUGCUGCGGAGCCCCGGGGUGUACGGCCGGCUGACCGCGGGGGAGCGGGAGCACAUCCUGGCCCGGAGGAUGGAGGGGAGGAAGGUGCUGGCGGUGGCCGAGACCAGCGAGGUGUGUGACCGCGGGGGGAGCCGGGAGAACAGCCGGCCGCAGAGCCCGCUGCUGGCCGCCCCGGAGGACUCCAACCACCGGCGGGUGUUCUGCCUCCACCCGGAGCGGCAGCAGUGGGAGGUGCUGACCGGCCUGCCGGAGGAGGUCCCGGCCAAAGGCUCGGGGAUGUGCACCAUGUACAACUACCUGUUCGUGGCGGGGGGGAUCCGGGCGCACGGGGACGGCCGCUCCAAAGCGUCGGACCGGGUCUUCUGCUACAACCCGCUGACCGGCCUGUGGAGCCAGAUCCGCCCGCUGACCCAGCCCCGCUGCCAGCUCAGGCUGGUCUCCAUGGACGGCUACCUGUACGCCAUCGGAGGGGAGUGUCUGUUCACGGUGGAGCGCUACGACCCGCGCGCGGACAGGUGGAGUCCGGUGGCCCCGCUGCCCAAAGGCUCCUUCGCGGUGGCGCACGAGGCGACCUCCUGCGGCGGGGAGCUGUUCGUGUCCGGGGGCUCGCUCUUCUACCGCCUGCUGCGGUACGACUCCCGCCGGGACGAGUGGGAGGAGUGUCCGUUCAACGAGAGCCGGCGGCGCUCCACGGACAUGGUGGCGCACCGGAGCCUCGUGUACCGCUUCGACGUGGACCGGGAGCGCGCGGGGGUCAGCGUGUACAAGUACAACACGGUGGUGAAGGUGUGGCACGGCGGCACCUCCUUCCCGCUCCACAACCCGCUGCCGUUCCGGUGCGCGGUGCUCGGGGACCAGAUCUACUGCGUCAACCGGAGCCAGACGCUGCGGUUCGAGGUGCGGGAAGAGCGGGAGGGCUUCCUGCCGGAUGUGCUGCCCUCCCCCGCAGAGGCCAGAGGAACCCUGGUGCCCUUCGUCCUCUCUCUGAACAAAUGAUCUGCCCCGGGAUAAACCCCCUUUGGUCCAGAACCCGGACUAAAGACUAAGACCAGUAACCCGCCUUCCCGCCGCGCUGCCUUCCGGUCUGACUUUCACCAAAACCUCCUUUAAUGAAAACAUGAGAUUAAAGAUCUGGACCCCAGAGGUCCGGAUCCGGCUGCUCUGGACGGAAGUGAAUGUUUGAGAACCUUGAUGCAGUUUUUGAUCCAGGGGAUUCGGGUGGGCGGGGCUUAAACAAUUCCUGAAAGCUGACACACAGUGUACACUUAAACCCCGCCCACCCGACCUUCUGAAAACAGGUAAAACAAACCUGAACCUGAAUCUUUUCCCCACCUGGUCCAGGUACUCUUGGCCCCGCCCCCUUUAUCACAGAAAUGGGAGGAGCAAAACAACGUGACGUGAUGAUUUUAAACCCAGAUGUUAAAGUUAAAUCUGGGUCCUGAUUGGUUUAUUGUGAAUUCAUGAUGUGUUUCACAAAACUGUUACUCUGACAGGACAGAGACAGACUGUUCAAACAUAAACCUUCUUCUUCAGACUCAAACCAGCAACCCGUCGGUCCGUCCCUCACUCUGUCCCACUUCCUGUCUGUGGCUCCCAGCCGAUUGGCUCCUGCUGACGUUUAACCUUUAGUCCUUAAAAACUUCUGGGCUUCUUAUUUAGAAGUUACUGUGUACUAGUGAUAAUAAUAAUAAUGCAGUACUUGUAUCAUAGAAACUCAAAGCGCUUCAGGGUGACGCACGGUUACCCCUAACUAACCAAUAAUUGUGCUGCUAGUAAAUAAAUACUAAGAAUCAGACUCACUGUUACCAAUAAAACAGGAAUAGUUAGUAACCGUUAAACAGCCUUUGAACAGCGCAGAGGAAGUUCGUGUUUAAAUUAGAGCUCAAGUUAAAGUUCAGCAGGUACCCGAGGCUUCUUCCAUUUAAAACAUCUGAUGUGAAGAUUUGAGUAUUUUAAUGUGUCUGAAUCAUUCUGAGGUUUAAACUGACAGAAACUCAGCUGCAGUCUGAACAGUUCAGCCUCAACAAACAGCAGGAAAAUCCAGAUUUACACGAAAUCAUUAAUAAAAAUGAUCUAAAUAUCAUAAUAAAACAGUCAGAGGUCGAUUUCCUGAUUACACUCACAUACUUUUAGUAACAUCCCCACGGCAGGACUUUUACUUGGAACAGAGUACUUGUACAGUGAGGUGUUAGUACUUUUACUUAAGUAAAGUAUCCGAGUACUUCGUCCAGGCCUGGUUAGUGACACAUGAACCAAAGUGGGUCUGACUGGAUUCUGGCACCAAACUGAGCCGCAGAGUCUGGAGCUGGUUUCAGUCUGAACAUGAAGGUUUAACACUGAGUCUGAUGUGACCACAGCUCACACAGGACCAGGGUCCGGACCAGAAUCUAGACCUCGGGUCACACGGUGUCUAACUGACCAAUGAGAACGCAGCAUGAUGCAUGCAGCCGUCAUGGUAACCAGGUUCUGUCUGAACAACUGGACCUUUGUCGCAGCAGAGAGAUGCAUGCUGGGAACUCCGGGAGUGUUUCUGAAUGUGGUAUACAAAUAUUCAGAUCAUGUACUCAUGUAGCAAUACUACAAUGCAAGUAUUAUCUGCCUAAUGUACUUCAUCAAAUAAAAGUACUCAUUUGCAGUAAAA